CAGAGAGGGCAGAGGCAACGGCCCUCUUCUGGAUGGGGGGGGGCUUAUUAUAACAAAUAUAUGUAUAUAUAUAUACACAUGUGUGAACUGCUUGGCCGUACGAUAGGUCAUAUGUGGAUACUAAUUAUUCUAGAAAACCAUAACACCGCGGCUUUACAUUUAAAAUGCCUAUUUUACUUUUCCUAUUAGACACGUCCGCCUCUAUGAAUCAGCGCACUUAUUUGGGUACGACGUAUCUGGAUGUUGCUAAAGGCGCGGUUGAGGUCUUUAUGAAGCUGCGUGCCCGAGACCCGGCUAGUAGAGGCGACAGGUACAUGCUAGUUACAUUCGAUGAGCCACCAUACGGAGUGAAGGCAGGCUGGAAGGAGAACCACGGCACCUUCAUGUGCGAGCUUAAGAACCUGCAGGCAUCCGGGCUGACGACAUUAGGCCACGCUCUUCGCACCGCCUUUGACCUGCUUAACCUCAACCGUCUUGUCUCGGGCAUCGACAACUAUGGACAGGGCCGUAACCCAUUCUUCCUCGAGCCAUCUGUGAUCAUCACGAUCACUGACGGGAACAAGCUUACACACAGCUCUGGGGUGCCAGAUGAGCUGCACCUGCCUCUGAACUCUCCUUUGGCCGGCAGCGAGUUGACCAAAGAGCCUUUUCGCUGGGACCAGCGUCUGUUUGCUUUGGUUCUGAGGCUGCCAGGGGCAGCCACACCAGACAACGAGCAACUUGGUAGCGUCCCCACAGAUGAAUCUUCAAUCACUCAGAUGUGUGAAGUCACUGGAGGGCGAUCAUACUGUGUGCGAACACAGAGGAUGUUAAAUCAGUGUCUGGAGUCUCUUGUCCAAAAGGUUCAAAGUGGUGUUGUGAUCAAUUUUGAGAAGACUGGACCAGAUCCACCUCUCAUAGCAGAAGAUAACUCUGUGGAGUCCGGUCGCUCCGUGUCGUCUUUCAACUCACAACCCUGGCACAGCUGCCACAAACUGAUCUAUGUUCGCCCAAACCCAAAGACUGGGGUGCCAGUAGGCCACUGGCCCAUACCAGAGUCCUUCUGGCCAGACCAGAAUUCUCCAGCACUGCCACCUCGCUCUGCUCAUCCUGUGGUGCGUUUCUCUUGCGUGGACUGUGAGCCCAUGGUGAUUGACAAGCUUCCUUUUGACAAGUAUGAGCUGGAGCCCUCACCGCUCACCCAGUACGUCCUGGAAAGGAAGUCCCCACACAUGUGCUGGCAGGUCUUUGUUAGCAGCAGUGGGAAGCAAAGUGACCUAGGACACCCUUUUGGCUAUCUGAAAGCCAGCACCACUCUCACCUGUGUUAAUCUGUUCGUCAUGCCUUACAACUACCCAGUUCUUCUCCCACUUCUCGAUGAUUUAUUCAAAGUGCACAAACUAAAACCAAACCUCAAGUGGCGACAAGCCUUUGAGAUGUACCUGAAGAUGAUGCCUCCAUACUACCUGCUGCCCUUAAAAAAGGCGAUGAGGAUGAUGGGAGCGCCUAACCUUAUAGCAGACACCAUGGACUGUGGCCUCAGUUACAGUGUCAUUUCCUACCUGAAGAAGCUCAGCCAACAGGCAAAAAUCGAGUCGGACCGUCUAAUUGUGUCAGUGGGGAAAAAAGCUCCUCAAGAAACCAGCAUAAAGGUAAAGAACCACUCCAGCUCACUCUCUCUGGCCCACCGGUGGGACUUCAAGCAGCUACUGCAGGGAAUCACUGGUGAGGGGCCCCUUCGGCUGUCUGACAUCAACUUUAAGGAGUUUUCUGGCUUCCAGAUCGCUCUGCUCAACAAGGAUGUAAAACCUCAAGCUUACCGGAACGCCUACGACAUCCCAAGACGGAACCUUCUGGAUCAACUCACCCGGAUGCGCUCAAAUUUGCUGCGAAAGUCUUUAAAACUGAUCCGAGGACAAGACGAAGACUAUCUGCACAGUAUCCCAGUGGCGCAGAUGGGAAACUAUCAAGAGUACCUCAAAAUGAUGCCAUCACCUUUGAGAGAGAUUGACCCAGAUCAACCAAAAAGGCUGCACACAUUUGGGAAUCCUUUCAAGCAGGAUAAAAAGGGGAUGAUGAUCGAUGAGGCAGAUGAGUUCGUAGCGAGCCCUCAAAACAAGAAAAGAGGAAAUUCUGGUGAUUCCAACUCGAAUGCCACCGUUAAGCGAAGGCGGAGUAUGUCGCCGUUGCUACGACGACCGCAGACUCCACCUGGGAACACCAACCAUGUGGCCAUUGAAAAGAGCCUGGCAGGGGUUCAAGGCCAGCAGAGUCUUCUCAAACCCACUCCACAGCAGAAAGGAGGUGACGGCAGCAACGCGAUGGUCACUGAGAGCAAUGGCGACACUAAUCUUGGGCUCGACUCUGGAGAAAUCUGGCCUGCAGAUGUGGACACAAAGGUGGGGAGUCCAUCUCCUCAGAGCCUAGAGGAGAAGACCUUGGGGGUGGCUGAGGCUCAGGCAGAGGACAUCAGUGUGGAAGAGGACACAUCGGUGGUGGAUCAUUUAGAGGAGCAGCUGCUGGAGGAGAAACACAACUGUGAACGUUUAAGCCCACAGAGCGAGUUGGACAGUACUGAAGCUGACACUCCAGCGCUCGAGACCAUAUUCAUUGCUCCUCUAGAUGGCAGCCAGGCCGAGCUGCGUAGUCAGGUCCUCAAAGAGGUUCGCAAGCCUGGACGAAACUAUAAGGCCAUACUCAGUCUCCUGCAGCAGGUGAAAGGACCAGUAAAUGUACAGAAAUACUUCAUCCAGCAUGCUAUCAGUGAGGCUGCAAGGUUCAAAAAACGGGUACUGAUCCAGCAGCUGGAGGCCGUCCUCACCGAGCUGAAGGAAGAUCAAGCAACAUCCUCGCAGCUUCCCAACGAUCACGGCAGGUAGUCACCGGAGAAAGGAAUAAGACUUCAUUUCUUUGACAGAUGAAUCUUGACACCAACACACAAACUCCAGACAAGAAAAAAGGACAAAUGCUGUGAUGGCUGGAGCUCGUACCGUCUCCUAUGCUGUUACGUCACAGUGUCUGAGGCUGAGGGUUUAGCUGGUGGAGAGCCCUCUGGACAGGGCAGAGAGACUUUAAUAAAUUCCUCUUCAUAUUGACAGAUGCCUUAAACAUCCAUAUGGCUUUUGCCUGUAUGGGCAAGUUGUUCAGCAGACACACACACGGUCCUUUAGAUAAUACAAAAUAAGCUGGCAGAUCCUUCGAUGAGCAGGAGUAUAAACAGGCUUUUCCCUGCAGUCACUCUUUCAACCAUUGUUACUACUUCACUUCAAUAGAGGA